GGCUGAGACGGGUCUGUGUUCGGAAUCGCUCCCUGUUACAUGAGUAGUGCGCUACACGGUGAGUCGGUCAGUCUGGACUGCUGAUGGAGGUCUCAGUGGUCAGUAGCUCCCAGUUCGUCCUCCAGUCCGUUCACGACACAGCGUCCGCUAUGGUCCAUGAAUUAACAAGUGACUCUUUAAGAGCACAGAUGCUGACUCGUGAAGUCGACUGGGCAGCAAGGCAUCAAGGCGACUGCCUUCAGUUUCGGACACAGCCAAAGUGUAGCCGCCCCGCCCGGAUCCCAGGUCCCUCCUUCUUUCCCUUGACUCUCCAAUGACUGCAUAGCAACUGUUACUAUCCGCCAUUUUUUCGGUCAAGCAUUCGGGACUAUUAAGAAGCGCGCAAGCGGUUUCUUACGGACAUAUUUUGAAUUCUGAGCUCCAGAUAUGGUCAAACGGUGUGUGUGGGGGAACUGUAGAAGCGACACACGAUACCCUAACAGAGUAGAGGGUGUCUCUUUCUAUCCGUUUCCUAAACCAAAGACAAAUUUUCAGAAAUGCCAGCUCUGGAUUCGUCUGUGUGGUAGACCACAACAUCGGCUGAACAUAGACACCAUCAGCAAGAACACCUACGUCUGCUCAAAGCACUUUGUCAAUGGAGGCCCAACAGAAGAGUUCCCAGAUCCACUGGAUGCACUGGAUGAGAAGAAUACCCCCAGAUCACCUCCGAAGAAAAAACAGAGGUGCGAACUGACGGAAACCAUAAAUGCAAGUACAGAGGUUAUUCCACCCGACAACACAACUCUGGCACGUGAAGCUGACCUUAUCCCGUAUGGAAGUGUGGACAUCAUGGCAGGAACAGGAGGCAUGGCACUAAGGCAAAUCAAAUCAACAUCUGUAGAGGAUUCACUGAGAAUGACCGCCUACAUUCAGUCUGAGGAAAUUAAGCAUCUGAAAAAGCAACUAUCUGAAUUACAGUAUAUCAGUGUGACACCUGAAUUAAUCAAUAACAGCAACAUCCCUAAUUAUUUUGAAUUUUGUACUGGAUUCACCUUUGACAUGUUUAAUCGUCUGUGCGCUUUUCUUAGAGUCCCCACUGACUGCAUAACUCCACAAACACACAUUCCUCUCACCUACAGAAAGGAAACUUGGCACACAAAAAAGAUGCCCUUUCGCAAUCAGUUCUUGCUUGUUUUGAUGAAAUUGCGCAACAACUAUGACAUGAAGGAUCUGGCGUUUAAGUUCCAAAUUGAUGUGAAGAGCACAAACUUAAUUUUCAAUGCUUGGAUAAACUACUUAUACCUCCGGCUGGGUCAGAUACCAGUAUGGCCACACAGGGACAUUAUCACAGCUCGCAUGCCAGACAACUUCAAGAAAGACUUCCCCACGACAUUUGCACUUUUGGAUUGUACAGAAUUGAAGCUUGAAAGACCAACGUCACUGCUGCUCCCCAGUCAGGCCGUCUCUGAUGGCAAAUCCUCAAACACGCUUAAAGGGCUAGUUGCAUGCGAUCCUCGUGGAUCCAUAUUAUUUGUGUCCAUGCUUUACGCUGGAUCAAUUUCAGACAAGGACAUUUUUCAGCAAUGCAACAUCACCUCUCUACUUUACAGUCUCAUUCAGGUUGGCUACCUACACCCAGGUGAUGCUUUGAUGGCAGACAAAAGCUUCCAGAAUGAGAAAGAUGUUGAGGAAAUUGGUCUGUGCCUCAGCAUACCCCCGUUUACAAAGGGCAGUGAGCAGAAGACAAAGAAAAUGGCAAAACACAAAGCAAAUGUCAAGAGAGCUGUUGCAAAAAUAAAAAAAUUCAAAAUAGUGUCUGAUAAAAUUCACACCUCCACACUUGGUAAGAUUAAUCAGAUUUGGUUUGUGGUCAGCAUGCUGACAAACUUUCAGCCACACAUUUUGGGUCAGUAGGUAACUUAAAGAGGAUAAAACCUCUCCCUAUGCAUUGUUUACCUCAUAACUCAGUCAACUCCAUAUGGAGUCUCGCUCAGCUAUUUUAAUGGGUUGAUUGGCCCAAGUCCCUGUCAUACUUCUGAAGUCCCUAUCAUAUUUAAGAACUCAACAUCUGCAUCUUUGACCUCCAAAACUUGAGCUGCGGGUGAGAAAAUGUUGAUUGUUACUGUAAAUAUGAACUGUACAUACACAGUAGCUGUAGGUCACAAAAUGACUGAGAUUGUACUCUUUGAUAGUUAUAUAUCAAAACCUGAUUAUUUACUAGCAAACAUUCAUUAUAUUGUUACUGCAGGAAAAAAAUAAAACUCAACAAAUUAAAGUGGA